AAAAACAGAAACAUGGUACUGAGUUCUGAAACUCCUGUCAAUUUUAGUAACUCCCGGUGCAACUAUUUUUAUUAAUUUUGAUAUUUCGUUAUUUUAUUAGGAUUAAUUUGUGCCGGAGAUGUCACAGAAAAUGAAAUCUCAUCGAAAGACUAUUAAUUUCAUGUAUAAGAAGUAAGAAUGUAGCAUGGAGAAAUUAUAUUAAACAUAGUGCAAAAAACGAUUUAAAAAAAAAUGCCUCUUGAAAUGCAAAGUAGCAAAUCCUCUAAGGGAAAAAGAAUCAAGAGUUUUGGAAGAGUGUCAAGUAGUGCUGAUCCAGAUUUUCCUUUGCCAUAUAAUAGAGUUGAUGAUGGUGAUGUCAUCUUGCCUAUCGCUUUUAGGGGGAGGCUGUACGAACUCUUCAGUCAGAUAGAAAAAGAAUUCGAGGCUCUCUACACGGAAAACAUCGCCCUCAAAGAUAAGAUCGAGGCAUUGAAUGAGCAGUUAGAACGAGAACCAGCUGCUGCCAUUGAAAGGACCGAUACAUUUGAUAGUGGUGAACCCUCCGUUGUUAAAACAAAAGGGAAAAGAGAAUCUAUAACUGCAAGUCAACUAUCACAAAAAAUCAAAAGCACAUACAAGUUAAAAGCAUCAACUAGUCGGAUUGUUUCUACAUUCAAGGCACCAUCUCUUGCUUGUCGUCUGUUUAAAGAGUACUUAGGACACAGAGAUGGUGUUUGGGAAGUCAGUUGCUCACGGCAUGGACCUGCUCUUAUCGCUACAGCAUCUGCAGAUCAUACAGCAAAAAUCUGGGAUAUUCACAGCGGAAACUGUAUUGUGCAAUAUUGGGGUCACAAAGGGUCUGUCAAUUCAAUAAGAUUUCAUCCUAGUCAAGAUUUAGUUGUUUCUUCUUCAGGAGAUCAAACAGCUCAUGUCUGGUGUGUCUCAUCAGCUGGUGGAGCAGCAGAUAAUUUAAAAUAUCAUUCAUCAGAAGAAGAAGUUGAGUUAUCUGAAGAAGAUCAUGGUGAAGAGGGAGAAUCUUCUCAUAAUACCUCAAUAUUAAAAAAUCCUAUGAUAGAACUUCAAGGUCACAUAGGAGUAGUUAUUGCAGCUGAUUGGCUUGCUGGUGGUGAGCAAGUCAUUACAGCAUCUUGGGACAGAACAGCUAAUGUUUAUGACGUUCAGACUGGUGAACUUGUUACCCAGUUAGUAGGUCAUGAUCAGGAGCUUACAAAUACUUGUACUCACCCAACUCAAAGGCUUGUAGUGACUUCUUCAAAAGACACUACAUUUCGACUCUGGGACUUCAGGGAUGCCAUUCAUUCAGUGAGUGUAUUUCAAGGUCAUACCAACCCUGUUACUUCAGCUACAUUUGCAAGUGGUGACAAGGUUGUGUCUGGAAGUGAUGACAGAACUGUUAAAGUUUGGGACUUGAAAAAUAUGCGUUCCCCUCUCACUACAAUAAGACUAGAUUCACCUGUAAACAGGUUAGCUGUUUCAAAUCAAAAUAUAAUUGCUAUCCCACAUGAUAACCGGCAUGUUCGAUUAUUUGAUUUGAAUGGAGUACGACUAGCUAGAUUACCUAGAAGCAAUAGACAGGGUCAUCGUAGAAUGGUAUGUUCCGUUGCAUGGUCAGAAGAUGGUCGGAAUUUAUUUAGCUGUGGAUUUGACAGGCUCGUUUUUGGAUGGCGUAUCACAAUUCCAACAAAAGAUGAUACAAAAAUAAGUGUGACAAAAGCUGGCAAAGAAUAGCAGUAAAAAUAUAUUAUAAUUUUUGAUUAGUCACAAUCCCACAAAUAACAUUUUUCAAGCUCUAUAGCUUACAUUUAAAUAGGUCACGUUUGUAAAAAUUCUUGAUGUUAACAUUUGAGUUUUAUUUCCGUUUUUUAUACUUAAAAUUUUCUAUCAGUUGAGUACCAGAAUUAGUCAUUUUAAGACAAAUGUUCACCAAGUAUCUAUAUUAAAUUAUGUAAUGUGUAUAUGAUUCGUUUGUUGUACAUAUAUAUAUUAAUAAAUUUAUUCAAAAAAUUG